AUGGCAAAAAAUUCUGAAGAACCCCAAAUACUUCAAGGUCACCAGAGGCUUGAGGGUGAAUUCAUUUCAGGGGGUACAAGACAUUCUCUCUUCAAUUUCACCAUAAUUCACAUUAUUGAUGAUGUGCAAGUGUGCACCUAUGAUAAACAGAAUGAGCAAAUUAUGUUCAGUGAAGCAUGGAUCACCAGUGCACUAGGGAAAGACUUCAUUGAGCAUAAGAAGGAAUUUAAUUUAUGUGCUGAGACAUAUUUUCACUGGCCUUUCAGGUUCUUUAUAAAGAAUGACACCAAGAGUGACAAGAAUCAUACAAUAAAGCUUGCAACAUGGAAAAUGGCAGGGUGUGAACUGGAUAAUGACAUUCAGAUUGGCAACCAAAUCCAGUUUGCCACGGAAAGUGAAGAUUUUAUCAAGAUAGAUGAUACAACGUACCACUGGUCAGAGAGCUUCAAAACCAUAGCAGAAAGUACCUUAGGGGUCAAUCUGAGAAAGAAAGCUUUGAAGUAUUAUUGUGGUGACAUAAGAAAAAUCCUGCAGUACUCAAAUUUGAAGGAAAAUAUGGCCCCUGAGGUGACUGUGUCCCUCCAUGAUGUCUCAGAUGGUAGGGUCACCUUUAACUGCACCACCACAGGCUUCUACCCUCACUCUAUCAUGAUGCGUUGGGAGAAGGAUGGGCAGCUUGGGGCUUGGGGGCAAGAGAGCUCCAGGGGUACCUUGCCUAAUGCUGAUUCCACUUUCUACCUCCAAAUCACACUGGAACUUUCUCCUGGUGAUUCAGGGCAGGUUACAAUUGUGUGGUAG